UCCUAUUGGUUGAAAAGUAUUUAUUUUUCUCACCUUUUUUUGAGAUUACUUAAUUUUUGUGAUAUUGUAUCAUUUACUUGUUUUAUGUUCUUAAUUGAGCUGAUCUUGACAGUUAAUUAAUUUUAUUUAUCGACCAAUUUUUUCACCAGCUUAAAUAUUAACAUCUUGUUUGUGGAAUAACUUCAAUUUGAGCGACCUGUCUAUAGGUCUGUUUUGUUUAUCUACCUUCAAACAAUUUAAGUCUUCUUGUUUCAUUCUCUUUGUACAUGUAGUUUUUUUUCUUUAUUUUUUGUCUACUGUAAAUGAACCGAGAAUAUGAGAGACGUCUUUUACGGACUCUAAACUGUAAAAACACCAAUGAAGUUACGAACGAUGGUCAGAAUACGCCAUCUCCGGGAUCAUCGAUGGCCAAUGAAAGGUACAUCAGUGAUCGAUAUACACCUAUUAGAGAAUCACCCAAUUGGAACAUUAGAUUUACUAUGAUACAGCAGCAAGAAAGUGUCAAGACUCCACAACCUAGGAAAGCUAAAGAAACUUCAACUGACAAUUGUAAAGACACAAUAGCCUAUCAAUGCUUGCUUAAAAAUGAAUUACUUGGAGCUGGUAUUGAAGACAUCAAAGAGCAAGUUGAAGAGAGACGAGUUUUUGCCCAAUUGACUACUAAAAAUUUAUUUACGUAUCGAGUACGAGACAGUCAUAGUUUGGUGGAACCAUCCUCUCCUUAUUCACUUUCCCCUGUUAGCAGUAAAAGUCAGAAACUUCUAAGAUCUCCUAGAAAAACUGCUCGAAAGAUUUCUAAAAUACCUUAUAAAGUUCUCGAUGCUCCUGAGUUGCAUGACGACUUUUAUCUUAAUUUAGUUGAUUGGUCUUCGACAAAUAUUCUUAGCGUCGGGCUUGGAACUUGUGUUUACCUUUGGAGUGCAUGUACAUCACAGGUUACUCGUCUUUGUGAUUUAUCAUCUGACAAUGAUUCAGUGACAUCAGUAUCUUGGGCCGAACGAGGCCACUCGGUUGCAGUUGGAACUCACAAGGGUUUGGUACAGAUAUGGGAUGUUGUUGCUAAUAAGAGAAUAAACGUUCUAGAAGGUCACACUGCCAGAGUUGGUGCACUUGCUUGGAAUGGUGAUGUUUUAUCUUCAGGAAGUCGCGAUAGAAAUAUUUUACAAAGAGAUGUCCGAACUCCUCAAGUAGUACCUGACAGAAGACUACAGGGCCAUCGACAAGAGGUCUGCGGACUCAAAUGGUCUCCAGAUAAUCAACAUCUAGCUUCAGGUGGUAACGAUAAUAAACUUUUCGUGUGGAAUCUUAGCCACACAUCACCCGUACAGACUUACACAGAACACAUUGCCGCAGUUAAAGCAAUUGCAUGGUCACCUCAUCAUCAUGGACUAUUAGCUAGUGGUGGAGGAACUGCUGACCGACACAUACGAUUUUGGAACACUCUUACCGGACAACCAAUGCAGUAUGUUGAUACAGGAUCCCAAGUUUGUAAUUUAGCUUGGUCAAAGCAUUCAUCAGAACUAGUUAGCACCCACGGCUACUCACAGAACCAAAUUCUUGUUUGGAAGUACCCAACAUUAAUGCAAGUUGCCAAAUUAUCGGGACAUUCCUACAGGGUACUUUACUUGGCAAUGUCUCCAGACGGUGAAUCUAUUGUGACAGGAGCAGGCGACGAGACACUUAGAUUUUGGAAUGUGUUUAACAAGACGAGAUCGCAUAAAGAACCUAAAUCUCUUCUCAAUCUAUUUUCGAGCAUUCGUUGAGUUUACAUAGCUUUCUAAAAAAAUAACAAAACGGCAAAAAAAAUUUCAAAAACUCUUCACAGAGGCUUAUACAAUUAAAAUAAAAAUUAAACUUUUUGGUAACUUAA